AGAAGAAAUCUUUUCCCAUAUAAUCCAUCUGCAUUACUGAAGCUACUGAGUCAUAUUGAGAAGAUCACAUGGCACACAUAUUAAAGACACUCAACAGCUGGUUCUGGUGGGAGAAUAUCUGGAUGCCUGUCAAUGUCUCAUGGGCACAUUUUGUGGAUCGUGAUGGACUUGUCUUUCCAAAACCACAUCAGUUAUAUGCCACAAUACCAUAUGCUUUUGUGUUGCUGAUGAUCCGAUUCUUCAGUGAAAGAUAUGUUGCUAUUCCUCUAGCAAAAGCCUUAGGUAUAAAGAAUGUCAGACGUGUGAAGCCACAUCCCAAUCCUGUUUUAGAAAGUUAUUUCCGGGAGUGCUCAAAACAUCCAUCCCAAUCAGAGAUUCAAGGCCUUGCCAAAAAGUGCAACUGUACUGUCCACUUUGUGGAAAAGUGGUUUAGGAGACGGAGAAACCUUGAGAUCCCAACAGUGCUUCGGAAAUUCCAGGAAGCUUUCUGGAGAUUUUCAUUCUAUCUUGUAUCCUCCAUUGCUGGAUUUCUGUUUCUGUAUGAUAAACCUUGGUUUUACGACAUCUGGCAGACAUGGGUUGGCUAUCCAUUCCAGACUGUGCUGCCAUCCCAAUAUUGGUACUACAUGGCUGAGAUCAGUUUUUACUGGUCUCUCUUAUUUACACUUGGGAUUGACAACAGAAGAAAGGAUUUUCUGGCUCAUGUCAUUCACCACUUGGCAGCCAUUGGGCUGAUGAGUAGCUCCUGGUGUGCCAACUACGUGCGUCUGGGAACACUGGUGAUGUUUGUGCACGAUACUGCAGACUUCUGGCUCGAGGCAGCCAAAAUGUUUAAUUACGCUCACUGGGAGAAAACCUGCAAUGUGUUCUUUAUCCUCUUUUCUAUCGUAUUCUUCAUCACAAGAAUCGUUCUCUUCCCCUGCUGGAUUCUUCGUGCCACACUGUAUCAGCCUACGUACUACUCCACCACUCCUGUCAUAGCCUAUUUUUUCUUCAAUGGGCAACUACUGAUCCUGCAAGGCUUGCAUUUAUAUUGGGGUUACUUAAUUCUCAAGAUCCUGAAAAGAUUCAUUUGCCUAAAGGACUUGAAGGAUGACCGGAGCGAUGAAGAGGAGGAAGAUUCAGUUACAGAUGAUGAAGAGGAGUCUACAAAGAACGUCAACAAGAAUGGCUGUGGGUCAAGCAAACAUCUCCUCAACAGCAGUCACCACUAGGCUCCUCCUGCCUCACCUCCUGCAGUGAUUUCUACUCUGUUUUUAACCCAACCUACAGGAGAGAAUUGAAGUCAAAAGGCUUAUGAGAAACGGACUGAUUUUUUUUGUUGGCUACCAGACCUGGAAUAAAACCCCAGUUUAGAGAGGAGGGAAAAUGACCCACUUUCUGAAUGGUUACUAAAUGUUUGAAAGGCCAAUGGACGUGCUGACUGACAAUACUCAACAAGGCCAAAGCUUAGAUCAUUUAGUGUUCCAUCAAUUCUAAUGCUAUUUUUCAUUCUGAUGUAUUUCACCAAGCAGUUUAAUUUGCAGAUGGUUUGCGGUUGGUAGGUAGGUAGUGUGAAGUCCAUUAGGAACCAAAAUUACUCAAUGUGGGGGAAAAAAAUGGAUAGUGGUGUACAGUGACUAGCAUUUUAGUCUCUACUUUUCAGUUUAAACCAUCAUCAAAAUGGCUGGGUUUUGGUACAGUUUGUUUCCUGGACAUCGGUGGAAGUGAACAAGGAAGAAGUUAAAUUGCUUGUCUGUGCAGAGCUGGCUUCACUGGAGAGAUACAGUCCAUUUCCAAAAUAUGCUGUGUGAUAGUUCAGAUACUGUGUUCUAGGAUUUACCUGUCAAUGAAGUCACUGUUAAAAAAGAGCAAAACUCAGCCCUGGUUCUCCGUUGAGCUCUAGGUUUCACAGAUGUCUUUCCAAUCAUUUUGGCUCAUUGUUGGAACAGAGUGGGCAAUGGAGAGGGAAGGUAGAGAAUGAAAAUUUGGUCUUCUCACAGGUUCUUUUGUACUUCUCGUCUUUAAAACUACUGAACAGCCUCUGCUCCUCACAUCUACAGCCCAGAGGAUUAAAAAUACGUCUUAUCCAUUCCCUCCUAGUCAGCUUGUCUCAGCAGUGGUGGGUGACUGUCUUCUCAGGAGUCCACUAAAUCCUGUUUUGUUGUUCCUGGACGUGUCUGGGCACUGGGGGAGCAUGGGAGUGAUGAGGAAUGUCACAGUGCACUGCAUUCAUUUGAUAUGGGGGAUCUGUGUUUCUGCCUCUGCUCUUGAAAACUGGGAAUCACAUUGGCUAGAGCCAAACUUAGCUGUGAGUAUGUGACUUGGGCCACAUACUGUUGUUUAUGCUAUAAGAAGUGGUGGAACAGUGGAGGUUUUAUCAGCUCCUUUUACCAAAAGUGCCUCUAUCACAAGUUUGCACGCUUGUUCUAAUGCUAGUGCAGAGUGCAGCAGCAUUUUUAGUGCCGGCUCUUUCCAUGGAUAGCCUGGGCCUUUUAAACAGGGUGGAACCAGUCUCAUUUCCAGAUGCAUUUAGCUCACAAGGUCAUAAAUGAUUUGAGUCAUAAGUUUUAGAGGUGAGAAGCUCACCAUGUGGUUCUACAGUAGCUGAGAUCAUCUGGUGAACUAAAUCCAGUAGCUUGACGGAGACCAGCGGGACCGCUUCUAGAACUGCCUCGGUGCAGAGCGUUUGGUUCAGGAAGACUCUUUUCCCCUUAGGGCUGCCCAGGCAGGAACUUGGUGACCUACAAGUAGCACUACAUGGCUGACUUGUUUUCUCAAGAUUUCCCUGGCAAAGGGGGUGUGUAAUUCAGUGACUGACGUGAUUGAAAGAAUGGGAAAUGUUUGAGAUGUCAGAUAGGAAGAAAGAAGUGCACUUACAAGAAAGUGUAGGAGUACUUUGUUCCAGAGGCUGGUAGUGUGCAAACACCUACCUGUGGUCUCUUGAACUAGGCUGUGUUUAAUUUUUGACGUAUUUUGGACCAUGUAAUAUCUCAACUGUUUCUGUUUUAUCACAAAGAGGAUUACACUGAGAGAGGAGAGCAUCUGAGGAGGUUGGGAAACGUGCAGUGGCAGGGCUUGGCUCCUGAAUCUGUGGCUGCAGUUCAGCAGCGCUGAGGGGACAGAAUUCCCUCAGUAGCUGUUGUGUAGCAGCAGGUUUCCUUACAUAGCUGUGAAGAAUACCUUAAAUACUGCACUGUGGAUUUAUUGGAUGUGUAAGUCCUUCUUACAUCAUCUAGAGCAACUGGUGAGUUUGGCAGGGUCACAGUUGCUUAUCGGGGCCUGUUUAUUGCCUACAUGAAAAGAUCCUAACAAAAUGUAGAAACCCGAGUCUCAGAGCCUUUAUGUUCCCUUUGGGAGCAGUGGAGACAACAACCCUUUCUGCAAGACAUAAUGGGCUUUGGGGAGGUGGCCAGGGAGUUAUCAUUUAAUUUUGGUGCCAGAAAGCUUUCCUGCUAUGGCUAGGAAAGGAAUUCAGGGAAGGAAACACGAAGACUGGUGUCGUCACAGAAGUGAGCCUCUGAACAACUACUGAGUCUUAAACUGGAAUUUAUAGUCUCACUGAGGCCAAAUCUUGCCCUUCCUACUCGGACAAGUCUCCCACUGAAGCCAAUUAACUCAGUUGGAGUCUUGCCUAGGAAAAAUGUUGGAUUGCAGUUAUCCAGCCUACUUACCAGAUCUGUUGUUUUAAAUCCACGUGAAACCAGGGUCUUAAAAGAGGAGUAAAAAGUAGAUACAUACGUUCAAACAUAAAAUGUGGAGGCAAAUUUUGGAUGAGUACAAAAGCACAUGGAAGAAAAUAAUGUCCUGAAGGAAAAGGUCAAGUCUAAGCACAGUGAACAACCAAACAACUACAUUAUGUUGUGGUUAGGGGUAUGGAAGGAGGCAAGGCCCUGGAAAGUGCUUCUGAGGGUGAUUCUAGAAUGCCAACACACAUUUGUAUCUUUACUCUCUUUUAUGUUGUGCAUAUUAGGGCUGCUUAGGAGGCUCCUUGUAUUUGAGGAAUGUGAGAAUAACAUGAAAAUACAGAGAUACUUUUUUUUUUUGCCCAGGAGUGCUCAUAUGUGACUGAGGUGCUGUUUCCCAGUUAGAGUGCUAAAUGUCUCACGAGAGCACACCUGAGACAAGUCAGACAUGGACUUUAAGCUGAGGAGAGCAGGAAAGCUGCACUGAAAACAUGGGAGCUGUGCUGAUCUAGAUCAGCUGAAGAGCUGUGCCAUAUUUCUUGUUCUUUCCAUUUCUGCCUUCCUAGUCAGGAAGAUCACCGAGGUUCUG